UCUUUGGCGCUGCAAAUUUCAGGCGCCGGGGUCGCCGUCCGAAGCUGCCUCUCCUGGUGGGCUCGGCAGUGAUGGAGCCGCUGGACGAGCUGGACCUGCUGCUGCUGGAGGAGGACGGCGGAGCGGAGGACGCGCGGGCCGAGCUACUUCAGAAGAAGGUGGAAGCUUCCUUUCCUAAGACGGUCCUGAGCCGAGGAGAGGAUAACCGUUACCUGGUGCUGGCCGUCGAGACCGUCCAGACUGCAAGAGGCGAUGAGGAAAAGCACCUGGUCAUCACUGCGUCACAGGAGCGAGAGCACCAAGAGCUGUGCAUCCUGAGGAAUGGCUGGUGUUCGGUACCAGUAGAGCCUGGGGACAUCGUUCAUUUAGAGGGAGACCGCGUGUCUGAAACCUGGAUGAUAGACGAUGACGUGGGGUAUUUUAUUCUGUACCCAGACAUGCUGAUCUCUGGCACGAGUGUCGCCAGUAGUAUUCGGUGUCUGAGAAGAGCUGUCCUGAGCGAGACUUUCAGGGUCUCUGAUCCGGCCACCCGCCAAAUGCUGAUUGGUACAAUUCUUCACGAAGUCUUUCAAAAAGCCAUAAGUGAGAGCUUUGCCCCAGAAAAGCUGCAGGAGCUCGCUUUUCAAACUGUCCAAGAAAUAAGGCAUUUGAAGGAGAUGUAUCGCUUAAAUCUGAGUCAAGACGAAAUAGAAUGUGAAGUUGUGGAGUAUCUCCCCUCCUUUUCUAAGUGGGCCGAGGACUUCCUGCAUAAGGGCCCUCCCGCCGAGUUUCCUCAGAUGCAGCUCUCUCUGCCCAGUGAAGCUAGCAACAGAAGUUCACCUUGUAACAUUGAAGUCACAAAGUCACUGGACAUUGAAGAAAGCAUCUGGUCCCCUAGGUUUGGAUUGAAGGGCAAAAUAGAUGUUACAGUUGGUGUCAAAAUACAUCGAGAUUGUAAAGCAAAAUAUAAGAUAAUGCCACUGGAGCUUAAAACUGGCAAAGAGUCAAAUUCUAUUGAGCACCGAAGUCAGGUGGUCCUGUACACACUGCUAAGCCAAGAAAGACGAGAGGACCCUGAGGCUGGCUGGCUUCUCUACCUCAAGACCGGGCAGAUGUACCCCGUGCCCGCCAACCACCUGGACAAAAGAGAACUGCUGAAGCUCAGGAACCAGCUGGCGUUCUCUCUGCUGCACCGUGUGAGCCGAGCUGCUUCCAGGGAGGAGGCACGACUUUCUCCCUUGCCACAAAUAAUCGAGGAAGAGAAAACUUGUAAAUAUUGUUCACAGAUGGGCAACUGUGCUCUUUAUAGCAGAGCGGUUGAAGAACAGGUUGACGAAGCUUCCGUCCCAGAGGGCAUGCUGUCCAAAAUCCAAGAAGAAACACGGCACCUGAAGCCGACACACUUGAAGUAUUUCAGUUUGUGGUGUCUCAUGUUAACCUUGGAGUCACAAUCUAAAGACCACGGGAAGAGUCACCAAAGCAUCUGGUUAAUGCCUGCUUCCAAAAUGGAGGAGGGUGGCAACUGCAUCGGAGGCCUGGUCCGGACCGAGCCUGUGAAGAGAGUCUGUGACGGGCAGUACCUACAUAACUUCCAGCGGAAACAUGGUGCCAUGCCGGCCACCAAUCUGAUGGCCGGCGACAGGAUUAUCUUAAGUGGAGAGGAGAGAAAACUGUUCGCUCUGUCUAAAGGCUAUGUGAAGCAGAUCGACAAGGUAGCAGUCACCUGCUUGCUAGACAGGAACUUAUCGACACUCCCAGACGCCACCUUGUUCAGAUUAGACCGGGAAGAAAAAAAUUGUGAUAUAGAUACCCCAUUAGGAAACCUCUCUAAAUUGAUGGAAAACACCGAUACCAGCAAGAGACUUCGGGAAUUAAUCAUUGACUUCAAGGAGCCUCAGUUUAUAUCCUACCUCAGCUCCGUUCUUCCACACGAUGCAAAGGAUACUGUGGCCAACAUUCUCAAGGGUUUGAAUAAGCCUCAGAGGCAAGCAAUGAAGAAAGUACUUCUUUCAAAAGACUACACGCUCAUCGUGGGGAUGCCGGGGACAGGAAAGACAACUACAAUAUGUGCUCUUGUGAGGAUCCUCUCUGCCUGCGGCUUCAGCGUUCUGCUGACCAGCUAUACGCACUCCGCUGUUGACAACAUUCUCUUGAAGUUAGCCAAGUUUAAAAUCGGCUUUUUGCGUUUGGGUCAGUCUCAUAAGGUCCAUCCCGAUAUCCAGAAGUUUACCGAGGAGGAGAUUUGCAGAUCAAAGUCCAUUAAGUCCUUAGCCCUUCUUGAAGAGCUCUAUAACAGCCAUCUGAUAGUUGCAACGACCUGUAUGGGAACAAGUCAUCCAAUAUUCUCACGGAAAACCUUUGAUUUCUGUAUUGUGGAUGAAGCCUCUCAAAUUAGUCAGCCCGUUUGCCUGGGUCCCCUUUUCUUCUCUCGGAGAUUUGUGUUGGUGGGAGACCAUCAGCAGCUUCCUCCCCUGGUUCUAAACCGCGAAGCAAGAGCCCUGGGCAUGAGCGAGAGCUUGUUCAAGAGGCUGGAGCAGAACAAGAGCGCCGUCGUGCAGCUGACGGUGCAGUACAGAAUGAACAGUAAGAUUAUGUCCUUAAGCAAUAAGCUCACAUACGAAGGGAAGCUGGAGUGUGGAUCGGACCGAGUGGCCAACGCCGUGUUAACCCUGCCCAACUUCAAGGACGUCAAGCUGAGCCUGGAGUUUUAUGCCGAUUAUUCUGAUAACCCCUGGCUGGCUGGAGUGUUUGAGCCAAGCAAUCCUGUUUGUUUUCUUAAUACAGAUAAGGUCCCAGCUCCAGAACAAACUGAAAAUGGUGGCGUGAGCAACAUCACAGAAGCCAGGCUCAUCGUCUUUCUAACCUCAGUUUUUAUUAAGGCUGGCUGCAGCCCUUCCAGUAUCGGCAUCAUUGCACCGUACAGGCAGCAGCUAAGGGUCAUCAAUGACUUGCUGGCGCGCUCUUCUGUCGGGGCGGUCGAAGUUAACACAGUCGACAAAUACCAAGGCAGGGACAAGAGUCUCAUCCUGGUGUCCUUCGUUAGGAGUAAUAAGGACGGAACUCUUGGUGAGCUCCUGAAAGAUUGGCGACGGCUCAAUGUGGCCCUAACCAGAGCCAAACACAAGCUGGUCCUCCUGGGCAGCGUGUCCUCGCUGCUGCGCUUCCCUCCCUUGGAGAAGCUCUUUGACCAUCUGAACGCAGAGCAGUUAGUCAUGGACCUUCCAUCAAGGGAACACGAGAGUCUCUGCCACGUUCUGGGUGAUUUCCAGAGAGAAUGAGCACUGUACGCACUACACGCCUGCCUCCAGCGUCAUAGGCACUAGCGUGUGACCCAUGGUUCAGCUUAGGUUUACUGGGAAUGCUACACUUGAACUGUGAGGAUGACUGAUGGCUAAAAGGUACAAAGUGAAGUGACUGUAUUCUUUUCAAAGUUCCAGAUUUUUCUUUUCUUUUUUUUUUUUAGUAUAAUCUUGUUAAACAUGAAAUUCUGUCACCACAUAAAAUUUUACUU